AGUCCCGCGGUGUGAAGAUGGCGGCCUCGGCGGCGAGGAGCGCCGCGGCCCUCCGGACGAGUCUCAGCCGCCCCAUUGCGUUCGUCCGGAAAGUGCCGUGGACGGCGGCGUCGGGUGAAUUGAAAGAACACUUCGCACAGUUUGGCCAGAUCCGAAGGUGCACUCUGCCUUUUAACAGAGACACUGGCUUCCACAAAGGAAUGGCGUGGAUUGUGUUUUCUUCAGCGGAGGAGCUCCAGAAUGCACUGCAGCAGGAAAAUCACAUCAUUGAUGGAGUAAAGCUCCAGGUUCAAGCUCAAAGACGGAAAGCUGUUCGAGGGGAUCAAACAUCUGACGAAGAGAAAGACUUUUGAGAAUACCACUCCCUACUAGAUAAAAUAAAUCAAUGUAACCCAAA